AUGGGAGUCUACGGGAGUCUCUCAAACAGAACCCCAGCUUCCAGCACACAGGCACCCAGUCACAGCACAGAUCCACCCUGCAGCCAAUCAGAGGCCUCCGCCUGCAGCCCCGUCCAAUCAGAGGCCUCUGCCUGUGGCCCCGUCCAAUCAAAGGCCUCCGCCUGCGGCCCCGUCCAAUCAAAGGCCUCCGCCUGCGGCCCCGUCCAAUCAGAGAGCGGGCUGUUGUGGGCUCUGCUGCAGCUCACCAGGAGUCAUAGGGCGUCGGUGAGCCGUAAGGCCUGUGAGAGCCUCCUGGUUCUGUCCAGUCUCCUGGACGGGUCUUCAGAGGAGCUGCUGGCUGCCAGGACCCGCCUGGGGGAGCUGCUGGCAGGGAGGCUGCAGGAGCUGCACCUCCUGCUGCCCCUGGAGGAGCUGGAUGCCACAGAGCUGCGGAGCUGGCCCCCCACCGCCUGGAGGUCAGAGUCAGAGCCGGGUCACAUGACCAACUUCUUCACCUGGUUCAACUUCCUGGAUCACCUGACGAGAGAGUCGCCGCAGGUGCUGGGCGUGCACGUGUCUCGAUGUGUGUGUCAGCUGUGGCUCGUGGACGCUCUUCAUCCUCAGCUGCUGCACACGUGUGAGCAGGUGGUUCUGGUGUCCACCUCUCUUCUCUGUGCUGCUGUCAGACUCGUCCAGUCUUCGUCUCUACUGGACCAGAUCGUCCACUUCCUGUUGAGGACGCCGUCUCUGAUGGAGCUGCUGCUGCAGCGCUGCGACCACAUCUCUGACCAGAUCAGCAUGACUUCUCUGUCUCUGGUGGACGAGUUACUACAGAAGCCUCACAGGGACAUUUUGGACAUCUUGGUGUUGAGUUUCCUGCAGAGUCGCAGUUACCUGUCCUCACCUGUCGGAGGACAGGAGGACAGACAGCCUGAGAGCAGCGAGGACAGUGAGGACAGCCAAGACCUGGAGGAGGACCCGUUCUUCUCAGACAGCCUCUCAGAAGGACCUCGUCGUCGUCCUCAGUCCUCGACUGCAGACGUGGUCAACAGCUUCCUGUGUUUGGUUCCGGUCCAGGUCCGAUCGGCUCACCUGCUGCAGGAAGGAGGUUACGAGUCCUACGUGCACGACGCGCGCUCACUGGUGAGCCAGUGUCGGGGGCUCUCUCUGUCCUGGAGCUGGCUGCAGACUCUUCCUCCUCCUACCUGUCCCCCAGGUGAGGACGUAGUCUUCUUCGAAGGUCCACUUCUCAAAGUUCUCUUCGACAGACUUGGACGCAUCCUGGAGCAGCCGUACGAGCUGAACCUGCAGCUGACGGCCGUUCUGUCCAGACUGUCGGCGUUCGACCACCCCCUGCUGGACGAGUACCUGCUGAACCCCUACAUCCACCUGUCUCACUGCUGCAGGUCGCUGUUCUCCGUCCUCGUCAGGGUGAUGGCAGAGUUAAUGCAGAGGGUCCAGGAGGUUUCUGAACUGUCAGACAAACUGCUGGACACCAGGAGAACCUUGCUGGGACUGACCCCCCACACAGGACUGGAACACCUGACGCUGCUCAAAGGGCUCAUCGUCCUUGAGGAGUUCUGUAAGGAGCUCGCCGCCAUCGCCUUCAUCAAGCUGCCACUGGACCAGGACUGACUCACCUGGACAGACCAGGAGUC